AUGGCGGAAAACGAGCUUUCAAGUGUUCCUGCAAAACGACAACGCUUAGACGAUCAUGAAUUUAAAGCAAAAGAAAAUUUGGAACGGCGGAACGACAAAUCUGGGACUUGCUGUGAAUUUGUGGACAUUGAAGAUUGUGACAAAUGUGGUAUGGAUUAUCUCAUUUGUAAUUUUUAGCUUUUAGGCUCCACGAUAAUGAAUUUUGAAGACCUUAGUGAAGAAUGUUUCAAUGAUGCCAGGUGGAAAGAAGUUGUGUUGAAAGAAUUUUCUACUGGAUACAUGAAAAGUUUAAAGAAAAAAUUGGAUUUGGAUAUGAGAAAGGUAAAGCUUAUAUUAUAUAUAUUUUUUUGUGGUGAGUAAAUGUUAAUGAUAUCGUUUUUUUUUCAAAAAUUGGCAUUUUUAGGGCUUUGAAGUUUUUCCACCUUUGAGCUUGAUUUUUAACGCUUUCAACCUAACACCUUUCGAAAAAAUUAAAGUGGUUAUUAUCGGGCAAGAUCCGUAUCACAAUCCUGGAGAAGCGAUGGGAUUAAGUUUUUCAGUUCCUGAAGGUGUCAAAAUACCACCGUCUUUAAGAAACAUCUACAAAGAAUUAAGGAAAGAAUACUCUGAUUUUGUUAUACCAACACACGGAAAUCUCAUUAAAUGGGCAGAACAAGGAGUCUUUCUGCUAAAUGCCACGCUAACUGUAAUGUAUGUGUAAUUUAUGAUGACAAGAUUUCAUGGGCGUCUUUUAAUUAAAUUUUUAUCUUUGUAACAUAAAAUACAAUAUAUAUUUUGUUAAUUUAGAAAAAACAAAGCUAAUUCACACUCUGAAUACGGAUGGCAAAAGUUCACAGACAAUGUAAUUCGUGCAAUUAACCGGAACUUGGAAGGCGUUGUUUUUAUGUUGUGGGGAAAUUUUGCACAGAAAAAGGCAAAUUUUAUAGAUGUAAAGAAACAUACAGUGAUUAAGGUAAGACCACUUUUUUCAAUAUACACAAGUCUUGUGGUUAAAAGAAAAAAUUAUUAUAUUGUUUUGUUUUUCUUUCAGUGACUCCCCCCAGAGAAAAAUCGUAGCGACGUCCCUGAUUAAAGUGUAGUGUUAGAACAGUUAGUUAGGAACACACCAAUAAGUUCGAAAAAUAGGAGGCUUGAAGGGUGGCAUACAUACAUAUUAAGAGUAGAUUUAAAUUCAAUAUAGUAUUUUUACUCUAAGGCAACUGUUUAGACUGCGCAUCCCUCACCGUUAAGUUACCGGAAGUUUGAAGAUUGCAAAUGUUUUACAAAAGUUAACAAAGCUUUGGAGAAGUACGGAAAAGACUUAAUUAAUUGGACAGAUUUGUAA